AUGAUCACAGUAAUUUUGUGUUCGAUCCUAUUCUAUUCGUUCGGCCUUGUCGGCCCGACACUGGGGGCGUUGCAUGCGUGCAUCAAGCAGAAAACAGCACCCCAUGAGAAUGCUAUGCUCCUGUGGACGCAGUAUUUCCUUCUUCUUUCUACCCUCGUGACUGUUGUGUUUCCCUACAUCAUAACCCCCGUUUUCUUUUUGUUUCCUUCGUGGCUAGUUGCCUUCUUGAAAGUUGCGCUGGUGGUAGCUCUUGUGGUGCCUAAGCUUGGUUUGACCCCGAGGUUUUAUGAGUGGUUUCUGUCGCACUACGUUGAAUACCUCAACCUAGUCGCAGAGGCGCUGCAGCAUCAUGUGGUGGUCCCUGUGAAAACCCAUGUUAGCAGUGCAAUUGCCCGUAUGCAGGCCAGCACCGAAGCCGCAACCGCGACUCGGAAGGAGUUGUAG